UCCAUACUCGGAAUGCAAAUACAAACAGAAACAGUUGCUUCUUCUUCCACGUCUCUCUGUCUCAGCAUACUUACUCCCAAUCAUAACGCCAAAUUCAUCUCCCUCUAUAUAAUAAACACAUCACACACUACCCAUUCUUCCAUUUCUACCUCUUCUUAUUACUCAGACCAAAUCUACAAACCAAAAAAAGCACUCAACUUUCACUUAUUCACCUCUCAAACCACUCCACCCAUUGAUCUUCCCAUUCUGAGAUUCAGAGAUGGGUUUUGCUAAAAAAGAAUAUGGAUUUUUGAGUGAGAUUGGUUUAAGCUCGCGUAAUUUAGGCUGUUAUGUUAAUGGCACUUGGAAAGCAAACGGACCCGUGAUCACCACUCUCAAUCCUGCCAAUAAUCAGGUUAUCGCGGAAGUUGUGGAGGGUAAUGUUGAAGAUUAUGAGGAAGGAAUGAAAGCUUGUUAUGAAGCUUCAAAGAUAUGGAUGCAGGUCCCUGCGCCAAAGAGAGGUGAAAUUGUUAGACAGAUUGGGGAUGCGUUGAGGGGAAAGCUUCAACAGCUUGGUCGUCUUGUUUCGCUUGAGAUGGGGAAAAUACUUCCUGAAGGCAUAGGGGAAGUUCAAGAAAUCAUUGACAUGUGUGAUUUUGCGGUUGGACUAAGCCGGCAGCUGAAUGGAUCAAUAAUACCUUCUGAACGUCCAAAUCAUGCGAUGUUGGAGAUGUGGAAUCCUCUAGGGAUAGUUGGUGUCAUCACGGCUUUCAACUUCCCAUGUGCUGUUCUCGGAUGGAAUGCAUGCAUCGCAUUGGUCUGUGGCAACUGUGUUGUUUGGAAAGGAGCACCAACAACUCCUUUGAUUACUGUAGCAAUGACAAAGCUGGUUGCUGGAGUGUUAGAGAAGAACAAUUUGCCUCCUGCAAUUUUUACAGCCUUUUGUGGCGGUGCUGACAUUGGUCAAGCAAUUGCCAAAGAUACUCGCAUUCCUUUGGUUUCAUUCACUGGGAGUUCAAAGGUGGGCCUGAUGGUGCAACAAGCAGUGAAUCAAAGAUAUGGUAAAUGCUUACUUGAACUGAGUGGAAACAAUGCUAUCAUCGUAAUGGAUGAUGCUGAUAUCCCGCUAGCUGCCCGUUCCAUUUUGUUUGCUGCUGUUGGAACUGCUGGUCAACGCUGCACGACAUGCCGUCGUCUGCUUCUGCAUGAAAGUAUAUACCAGAGUGUACUUGAUCAACUGCUUAAAGUAUACCAACAAGUUAAAGUAGGUGAUCCCUUGGAAGAUGGUACCUUGCUCGGACCACUGCAUACUUCUGAAUCAAGGAAGAAUUAUGAAAAAGGGAUAGAAAUGAUCAAAUCCCAGGGAGGCAAGAUUCUAACGGGCGGUUCAGCUAUAGAAUCUGAAGGGAACUUUGUGCAACCAACAAUUGUUGAAAUAUCUUCGAAAGCAGACAUUGUUAAGGAAGAAUUAUUUGCUCCUGUCCUUUACGUUAUGAAAUUUCAGACUUUACAAGAAGCGAUUGAGAUAAACAAUUCGGUGCCUCAAGGAUUAAGUAGUUCCAUCUUCACCCGUAAACCUGAAAUUAUCUUCAAGUGGAUAGGACCACAGGGAAGUGAUUGCGGCAUUGUAAAUGUAAACAUACCGACGAAUGGUGCUGAAAUUGGUGGUGCUUUUGGUGGUGAAAAGGCCACAGGUGGUGGCCGUGAAGCAGGCAGUGAUUCUUGGAAGCAGUACAUGCGACGCUCCACUUGUACAAUCAAUUACGGGAAUGAACUACCGCUAGCUCAAGGCAUCAACUUCGGCUAGUAGAUAUGCAUGGCAGAGCAGCCUGAUUGCUGAUGGAAUGUUGACAGCAGAGAUCUUGGAACAUGAGCGUCACCGUAACACCGAAGUAAGAAAUAAUGAUGAUAAUAAAAGUAAUAAAGUAGUAAUGCGCAAAGAAAAUGGGAAAUUGUUCCUGCAGUUUAUCUGCUGCUGUAAUGGAUACUGCUGCAUAAGGAAAUUAUUUGACAGAGAAAAGUUGUACUGGUUUUCUUUCCCAAUAAUUAUUAUUUGUGCAAA